GGUUUAACGGUAGAAUCCCGGUUUCUGGGCGGUGUGUUGGUGGUCUUCGGCUCCAGGAUGUUUUGUGAGAAAGCCAUCGACCUCAUCCGAGAGCUGCACCGGAUGAGUGACGGUCAGCUGCCCGCUUUUAACGAGGACGGGCUGCGGCAGGUUCUACAGGAGAUGGAGGCCCUGUAUGAACAGAACCAGGCUGAUGUGAACGAAGCGAAGACCAUCGGCCGCACUGACCUCAUCCCCUCCAUCAAACUGCGUCACUGCUGCCUGCUGAGGAACCAACGCUGCAUCUUCGCUUACCUGUACGACCGGCUGCUGAGGAUCAGAGCGCUGCGCUGGGAGUACGGCAGCGUGUUGCCCGCCAAUGUCCGCUUUCACAUGUCUGCAGAGGAGGUGCAAUGGUUCAGUCAGUAUAAAAAGUCUCUGGCCUCCUUCAUGCGUUCCAUCGGUGGAGAGGAGGGACUGGACAUCACGCAGGACAUGAAGCCUCCAAAGAGCCUCUACAUCCAAGUGAAGUGCCUGAAGGACUACGGAGAGUUUGAGAUUGACGAUGGAACGGUGAUCCUGCUGAAGAAGAACAGCCAGCACUUCCUGCCGCGGUGGAAAUGUGAGCAGCUGAUUCGCCAGGGCGUUCUGGAACAUGUGAUGUCAUGAUGACCAGGAGAGGAUGACGGCAGUGUCUCAAGAUCACCUGAACGCCUCGGCGGCCAUGUUGUUUUGCUUUGUACAAAUAAAGUUAGCUUUUUCUAA